UCCUCCCAUGCAUUUUUCACAACUGUUUUGCCCAGAGAGCGAAUGUCGAUGUCUUGCCAGGAUUUCUAAUAAACGCUGGGCUUCUUCUGGUGUGAAUUGCCUGUGAUAGCGCAUUCUCGAUAUUCGAAACAUUAUUUUCGUUUUUUUUGUGAUCAGGACGACCUACUAUCUGUAUAAAUCAUCGAGGAAUCAGAGGAUAUAAUCAAGAUCAAGUAAAUUCCAGAAGCAGCUGUUCGAGCUGCCAGCCAUGUUUGGCACACUGUGUCCCUGAGCCUGUUUUGCACAUCGCUGCCCCCUGCUGGACCUCUGCAGAAUGAUCCGCUGGCUGCUCUGGGCCUUGCUAGUGGCCUUGCAUACCGGAGUGAGCCGGAGCCAAGAUGGCCUCCAGCCUCCAGUACCUCAGGGAGUGAGAGUGGAGCCGGAUUUUGGCUCUCAGGUGCUGUCCAUCUCAUGGGAGAAGAACCCCGCCUCUCCCAAACUGAUGUAUGACGUCCAAGUCCUCCGCACCGAGCUGAUGGAAGUGGUAUAUAAUGAAACGAUGGAGGUGAGACCCGAUUCCCCUGGGAAGGUUCACCACUUCAACUGGACCUCCGGCGUACCCCUGGAGUGCACCUCCCACUCCGUCAGGCUCCGCUCCCGAGAUCAGCAGCGCUCCAGCGACUGGAGCCCCCUGCAGACCGUUCCGGGGAUGGACAUUCCCGACAACCCCGACGCAAAGAUGUACCCCCAGGACCUAGUGGUCCUCGUGGGCAGCAACAUGACCUUCUGCUGCAUCAUGGAGGAGGGGAAGCAGUUCGGCAGUUUCAAGUACCUGAGAGGCCCCCUGGCGAGCGUCCGGCUCAGUAGGCGGAGCUACGCGGGCACUAUGACCAAUCAGCUGCCUUCCAUGCCCUCCGGCACCAACGUGUUGUGUAUGGACGACAACAAAGGCUUGGGCUCCGGCGCCGUCGUGUUCGUCGGCUACCCUCCGGGGGACGGGAACCUGACGUGUGAGACCCGAGACCUGCGGUCUGUGGAGUGCCAGUGGAGCGCCGGGCGGGAGACGCACCUGCGCGGGGUCCGGCAGACAUUUUACACCCUCAACGGCAGGAACUGUACUUCUGCCAAUGAACUGGCCAGAAGUGGCAGGAGGGACAAGCUCCAGUGCAGACUGAACGCGACUCUGGAGGGGGGGAGCAGAGUGUUUACUCUGGAGGCCAGAAACCCCCUGGGUACAAUCCAUCUGAGUGACACGGCGGACCUCAGCCAGAGAGUGCGACCGUACGCUCCGCUGAAGGUGGUUGCCACGGAGACGCGCGGACGGAACUCCAGCCUGCGGUGGGACUGGGGGACGAAGGGGUACGAGGCGCUGCUGCUGGAGUGCCAGGCCAGUGUGAACGGCAGCGAGCGAGCGUUCACGCUGGAGUACGCGGGCCAGGGCCUGAAGCAGGCCGUGGUGACGGGGCUGGAGCCGGAUGAGGAGUACUCUGUCAGAAUCCGCUGCAGGCUGCAGAGCGCCCCCUGGAGGUGGGGUGACUGGAGCCACGAUUACACCUUCAGGACCGAGGAGGAGCGCCCUGAUGCUCUGGACGCAUGGGCCUGGAUGGCCACAAACCAAACCGGCUACAUCAAGUGGAAGCCCCUCUCAAAAAGCCACGGCCAGAUCUUAGGGUACCGGGUGACGUACGGCAGACCGGAGGAGGAGUACUGGCAGACGCUCUCUCUCCCGCAGACCAAGCACAGCGCCCUCCUCAGGCUCGGGCCCGACGGCGAUUACAUCAUCACGGUCAUAGCCCACAACUCCGCCGGCGAAUCCCCUCCGGCCAGCGUCACCGUCCCACAAUUCAUAGCGGGCGAGACAGAAGGGGCGGUGCCCACCGUUCGGGUGGCUGGCAGCGCCGGAGGCUUUGACCUGUCCCUGCCCGCCGACGCCAACGCCAGCUGUGGCUACGUGGUGGAGUGGUGCCACGCGGGCAGAGCGGACUGCGACUGGGCGAAGGUGUCUGCCGGCAAUGCCAGCGCCAGGAUCGAGUCGGAGAGCUUUGAGGCUGGAGUUCGCUACAACUUCUCAAUCUACGCCUGCACAGACCGAGCUCCUGAGCUGCUCGCGAGGAGAGAGGGAUAUGUGCAGGAGCUGGUCCCUGCCCAGCCCGUCUCCUCGUUAAUGGUGGAGCAGUACAAACGGACGUCGGGUGCCCUUCUGAGUUGGGGCGACAUUCCCCUGGAGAGCCGAAGGGGGUUUAUCAGUGGAUACUCCAUCUACAGGGCCAUUGGGACCCACCUUAUGCCGAUAGCAAAUCUAACCAAUCCGGACGCCCGGAACUAUACGGUGAGAAACCUGACCCCCGGCUUGUACAAGUUCACCGUGAAGGCUCACACGUCCGCUGGGUCCGACGAGGGCGCCACCGUGUCCCUCAACCUGGACCUGACCACUGAUUGGCUGGUUGGCGAGGUCCUUAUUGCCCUGGGUGCGAUGACCGCCUUCCUCAUCCUCAUGACUGUCGUCUGCUACGAGAAGAGGCAAUGGGUGAAGAAGACCUUCUACCCCGAGAUUCCAGAGCCCAAACUUCAGGAAGAGUGGUCCACCACACCCGGGCCGUUUGGCGGCCGGACUCUGGACGUGCAGCCCUGCCCCCACAGCACGGUGCACAUCGUGGAGGACCCGGGGCACGGGUCCGGCAAACCGGAUCCCACGGAGGACGGAGAGGAAGACGAGGAGUCCGGCGACAGCUCCAGCGACACGGACUCGUGCGACCCGGUCGUCCUGCGCUACUACAACCAGGUGGUGGACGAGGGGUCCCGGUGCCCCCCCUCCACGGACUCCUCCGCCUCCUCCAUGGCCUCCGCACGCACUGACGUCACGUACACCGGGAUCCAGAGCCCCGCCCCCUGCACCUCCUCCUCCUCCUCUGCCUCUGCGGCGGCGGCGGGGGUGACCCAGCCGGAGGUCCCGCACACGGGGGGGUACCGGCCCCAGAUGGCCCCCGCCCCGGAGCCCGCAGAGCCCCAGCAGGACUGCGCCGAGCCGGCCGAACCCACCGACCUCCCCCUCCUGGGCGGGUUCGGCGGGUUUGGGGGCUACCAGCCCCAGAGCACCUGGAGGGCCCCCACCCCGGAGACCCGCAGCCUCAACAGCUCCCUGGGGAGCCCCACCUCCGUCAGCUCCUCCCAGUUCCUUCUCCCCGACCCCGAGGCGGAGGAGGGAGGGGAGCGCGCCCCCUCCACCACCUGGUUCCACAGCCUGCUGUCGGGCAAACCCUGAUUCCCCCCCCACCACCUGGUUCCACAGCCUGCUGUCGGGCAAACCCUGAUCCCCCC